CUUUUAACAAGACACUACACGAACGAGCUGGCAGUCGGGGAAGUACCUCGGUGAGCGUUGAUUGUCGAAUUGUCGUCGGAUUCAUGUCUAUUACUUUAUUGUUCCUUUCGCCAUAAUGAGCAAGAAGUGUUGGUUCGUACUGCGACAAACGCACUAUCCGCCGCCCACUGGAUUGGAAGACGGGACCGGACAGAUCAAGGGACCGGUAUGCUGCGGCCACAUCAUACCUGAUUUAGAGCACCUAGACAAAAUCAUCAACAUUUCAGGACCAUCGGAGAUCCCAGCAGAUAUGCCAAUUUACCACACAAAGUCCGAGAAUAUGUCCUGGGAGCAGAGUUCAGGACCAACAAUCAACCACUACGGACAUAUAGGUGCACCUAUCUUGGCGGCUGCUGGAAUCACUGCAACUGCCAGCGCUGGCAUAGCAUUCCAAAAGUCUGUCACCAACCAUGGCGAGUUCAAGGUGCUCGAUACCUACACAAUCCAAGCAACGCCGUCAUAUAUAGAGGACAGCAUCACUACUGAUGAGGUGUCGAGAUACAUACAGGAACACAAGAAAAUGGGAAGAUGGUCUUUUUAUAUGAUCACAGGCAUUGCAAUCGCUCGCGGUGCGCGAGUUCUCCGGUCGAAGGAACGGAAAAUUGGGCUCCACGGAGGCCUCGGAACUGGCCUCUACGGGCUGGCUGAUGCUGGUGUCGGGAUAGAGAACUCAACAGAAGAUAAACUUUCAAUGUCAGGAGAGACAGUGUCAGACUUCGUCUGGGCAGUACGGCUCGCCAGGAUACGCAAGGGUCUCUUAGAUAGAACAUGGGACUACGAGACCCAUUCGAAAGGUGCAACUUACAGCUUGGAUUCAGGGGAUCGUCUCGCCGAAAUGAAAGAGAUUCUGCACAACGAAGGAAUCGCGGACGAACGGAUAAUUGCACCUGGCAACGGUAGUGAGAUCUUUGUAGUCUAA